GUUCACCGCGACGUCAAGCCAGACAACGUGGCCUUCAGCCGGUCGGGCCACCUGAAGCUUCUGGAUUUCGGGUUGUGCAGGCGCGGCGGCCACCUCGAGGCUUCGGAGGCGGAACGCGGGGCGCGGGGCGGCGGAGCCCAGCGGAACGUUGGCGGUGUCAGGCGCAGCGAGGAGCAGUCUCGCCGCGAGCGGUUGGCGACGGUGUGUGGAACGCUGGAAUACAUGGCGCCCGAGGCCUUCGACGGAGGCAGCACUGGACCAGAGAUGGACAUCUGGUCGGCAGGGAUCGUUGCCUUCGAGUGCCUCGUGGGCAUCGUGCCCUUCACGAACGAGAGCAAGAGCAACGACGAGGGUUACCCGUACAUGCGCGAGCAGAUGAGGUACCAUCAGGAGAUCCUCCCAAAAAGGUUUGAGAAGACACGCCAGAGGGGAUGGACGGACGACGUCUCCGAGCAGUUCCUCGCGAAGGUCCUCUGCCCCCGGGAGGCGCGGAUCUCCAUCGAGGGCUGCCGGCGGGAGCCCUUCUUCGCCGGCCUCGACUUCGAGCGGCUGCACCUCACGCGCUCGCCCCUCGAGGCGGAGGCCGAGGCCGCGGCAGGGGCGUGGCCGCUCGAGGGCGCGCCUCGGCCCCCAGGCGGCCCCUGUGCCCUCGGGCCAUGUGGCCCAGGCGAGCCGCUGCCAGAGGUCCGCGCGCCCCCGCUGUGUGCCGACAGCCUGCGGUGGGCCGGCUACGAGUACGACCGGGAGGCCCGCGGCCUCGAGGGGGGCUCGGGCGCCGACCUCGACGCCCUCUUCCAGUCCCGCUCCAGCGCGGGGAGCUGCUCCCGCCAGGGCAGCCGCGGAGGCGAGGGCUCGCCGCGGCCUCUGGAGGCGGGCGGCCGAGCAGGGCCCCACGGCCUCCGAGCGGAGCGUUGCGGCGAGCUUUGA